CCUGGUGCGAGUGUUAUUUUCUUCUCGAGAUUCCUCGUGUUGAAAAAACAAGUUGUGAGAAGCCGAGUGUGUUGUACUAGAGAAUAAUUCAUGCUUGAGCCAUGCCUCCUGUGACCUGUGUAGCGUGUGGCUGUGAAAACAAGAGGAUUAAACUGGUUCAGUGCCUCCACUCUCUGUGCAUAUCGUGCCUUGAGCAGAAUGUUGAUGAAGAUGGCUCCAUUACGUGUCCAAAGUGUAGUGCGUCUACACCGCUGCAGGCUGGAUGCUCCCCCAUGCUGUCUUUGCCAGAUAGUUAUGCGAAUGUAGAGGGUAGUGGUGCAAAGCAGAAGUCUGCAGUGUCGUGUGAUGAAUGUAUGGAUAUGGAAGUAGCUGUAUCGCACUGUGCAACAUGCAGCAGUCAUCUGUGCAGUGUACACACUGAAGGACACAAGCGCUCCCGAGCUACACAUGGUCAUGAGGUACUUGCAUUGACUGAAGCAGGCACUGAGACUGCUGAGACCACUACUUCUGCUUCAGCUACUCAAUCACAACAUCGCUGUGCACUGCACCCAAGCAGUAGUCUGACCAAGUUCUGCACAAAGUGUAAGAAGCUGUUAUGUGAGCGAUGCAUUGGUACUGGAAAACAUGAGCCGCAUAAACAAGAUUUUGUGUCGAUCAAUGCUGCAGCAGAGAAGAUGAGAGCGUCAGUGAAUGAUUUGUUGCUGAGCUGUGUGUCUGAGAGUGAUGGCGUUCUGGAGAGCUCCAUUCAGAAAGUACAGUCCUCCAUUCGUAGACUUCAUGAUCAGAUAGAGCUUGCAUCAGAAGAGGCUUUGCUAUUUUUCCGUUCUCUGGUAGAAGCUAUUCAGAAACGUGAAACCAGUGUUCUGAAUGAACUUGAUGAUCUUCGAAGUCAGGCACUGGGACCUCUGGAGAAGCAACUCGCUAGGCUGCAGGGCAGUGUGUCACAAACAGAGGUGGUGAGAGGCAUGUUGGAAGCUUGCCAGGACAGUGUGGAUUUUGUGCGCAUGUCGUCUUGGCUAGUGACAGCCUUGAAUGGCGCAGCAGAGGUUGGCAAGAGUGAUGCUGAGGCAUGUGUUGUGAGCGGCAUUUUCUUUGCGGCAAGCGACACACGUGAUCUUGUGGCUGCCAUCAGCAAAGCUGGUCUUUGUGUUGACGCAGCAAAGAACAAAGUGCGUUGCUCAGGCAAUCGUAAGAUGGGCAGUGAUGUUGAGAUCGACAUAGAGAUGGAGCACCUUUCCGAUGCUGCUACUAUCAGCCAAGACCAGCUGAGGAAAAUCGAUGUAGGAGUUUGUGUGACAAAUCCGGACGGCAAGACAGUCCAGUGCGAGCCCCUACAGCAAUCAUCUACUGGACAUCUGGUUACUAAAUGUCGUCCUGCUGCAGCCGGCGAAUACGCUGUUUCCACUACGAUUGCCGGUGUUCCUCUGAAAGGUAGUCGAGUGAAGUUCAGUGUUGUUCCACCAGCACCUGCUCAGCCGGCACCUGUACCUGUGUUUGAUAUUGACCGCUGUCAUGACCGUCUUCAGAUCAGUAAUAACAACCGAACCAUCCGUAAGCCGUCGUACGACGGGCGCUUCCAUUCAGUGUGUAGCUCACCGAUACAGGAUCAGUGUGGUAGUAGUGCUAUACAGUUCGAGAGUGGUGUACAUCGUGUGCAGAGAGUACCAAAGUCGGAUGCCAUGGGUCGUCGUCACACCAGCACCGUGGCCAUCCUUAUCCUACCAGAACCCACCGAGCUAGAUAUUGUCAUUGAUGCCAAGGAUUUGAAAUAUGAAGUGUUCAGAGCAUCUGGUGCUGGUGGACAGCAUGUCCAGAAGACAGAGAGUGCAGUACGUGUGACUCACAUCCCAAGUGGCAUUGCAUUCCGUUCUGAAACAUCUCGUGUGCAGAGUGUGAACAGAGAAAACUGCCUGAAGCUGCUUCGAGCCAAGCUCUUUGACAUUGAAUCAUCAAAAAAGGAACAAGAUGAACAGGAGCAUCGCAAAUCGAUUGUGGGCAAGAUGGACUUCAGCGAGAAAGUCAGGACCUUCCACUACUUUGGGAUGCAGGUUGUUGACCAUCGCUUUGAUCUCAAAACCACUGGAUUGACAGCGGUGCUGAACAAUGCUGCCGAUACUGCUGCCUUCCUGGAGAAGGUGGCCACGUCUGCAAAGAUCAGUGCUAUCAGGAAAGCGCUGAGGGCAUCGCCGCCAGACCACAUCUCCGAGUUUAAGCCCAAGACACUCCAUGCGGCCGAGUCCCCGUGAGUGUGUUCCGGGCCGGAGUCAGCAAAUACCCUGAAACCUGUGCACUGUGCAUGGUAUAAACGUAUGUGCUGUGCCGGAUUGACCAACAUGCACAUGGACGCACUCUGCAAGUCUUUUUGUUCCUCGCCCGAACAGAAAACCGCUGGCGUAAGCUCUCAGCUGGGUUUUUUCCGCCAUGCUAUUCACGUUACAGUGUGGAUGGUAUAGCAGUCCGCAUAUCCAGUAGUGUUGCUGUUAUAGGUGUUCACCAGUAUCAUAAGACUCACCACUACAGCUCAGUGGUACAGUACACUGCGAGAGGCAUCGGGCAGCUUGCGUCCUAUUGGCACACUGAACCCGACAUGCAAUUGCCAAUGAAUGCGUUCCGCACUGUACUGCAUGUCGGGUUUCACACACAAAACUUUGAUCUCUUGGUGCAAAUUUGAUAUCACUUUGAGGCGACUGACCUGCUUGUACAGAGCUGCAACUCACAACACACAGCAGUCCAUACCUCAUAACAGAAACUACACUCUGGCCUCCUGAUGAGAAGCGGGACUUCCCCCCGGCUUGGCCAUACUCUAGCAUUUAGCACAGGUUCAUGAGCUAUCAUGAAUGCAUUCUUUUCAAGCUGGACAUAAUAUAUCGAACUGUAUUCAGUCGAGGCACCUAUUUAUUCCAGUUCAUAAGUAUUAUAACUAAAAGAUACUCUAUAGUCUAGACGACUAUGGACAAAGCGGUA